CCCAUUUUCGAGUUGGGUCGGCCCACCGGGUUAAAUGCUCAGCCCUACUUUCCUCUGACUGAACUCAAACUUCCAUUCUCUCAUCUCCUUAACUCACCGUCCCCCACCGUGCGCCUCACUCCCCAACUCGCCGUUCUUCCAAUCUUCCACUGCGGAUUGGUGUACAAUGGCUAUAGCCCCAAAUGCUUGGGAAUUUAUUUGUGACCUAGAAGUUGAUUUCGGGUCUGAGGAGAAUGCUUCAAUAGUCUAUGCUACAAUAGCAGUUGAUAAGGAGUUGCAGCCGGACAAAGUCAAAAGGCAGAUGUCGGUAUCUGAUGGAAAGCUUUCAGUGCAUUUUGAGGCAGUCGAAGCAAGAUUUCUUCGAGCAUCAUAUAGCGCGUUUGUUGAUGUUGUUAUCCUCGCCACAAAAACUAUUGAAGAAUUCGGAAAAGGAAUGGAAUUGUGAUGAAGAUUUCUUCAAAUAUUGUUGUUUCUGUCUGUUCUGUUUUAUAAAGCAUGGAUUUCAGUAUCAAAUGUAUUGUUGGUUUUUGGCUAAUUUGUUACUCUAUUAUGUUUCUCUUAUCAUUAGCUACCUAAUAAAUAGUUUAGGUUUGUAAAGACAAAAAGUAUUUAUUCACUAAUAUAUUUGAAGUUAAUAGUCGACACAAA